AUCUCUAAUGGUUUCGUCUAAAGAUGGCCACUAUAUCUGUCAACGAGAAAUGAAACUUUUCCUUAAGAAUAGGAAUAUAGCCUGUCAUUUAACCUUUAUUUGGACUACUUCGCUCGGAUUGACAUAGAUGUGGCUCUACCGGACACACGUUAUAAUGUAUUUCUGAGUUGUUAUUUCGUCCGACGCCGUUUUGUAUUGAGUAGCAACCCGCCUUGCUCAACUCCUCUCUUUUAAGUGAGCUAACCCGUCCUGCUAACCGCGGGAGAUUCCUGUCUCCCGGAAUAAUUUCGGGAAAAUAUUUCCACUUUGUCGCGCUAAAUAACGCGCUACACCGAGUACAGAUACUGUCACGUAAGGGAGGUGUUUCUGGCAGAAAGCGAAUUUAACGCCAAGACGUUGUCGGGCUCAGCGCUUCCGUAUACAUCUUUAGAUCACUCGCUUCCCAUUAAGUUUGAUGUUUUUCCAUGAGCACUGUGUGGAGAGGAUUUUGAUUUGCUUGUACCUUCUGUCCUAGCAAAUCAAUGGAGAAGCUUCAAGACCUCAGCCAGCCCGAGUUGCAGAAUUUGCUGGAUAACUCGGAGCGGGUGGAGUCUAUGGCUCUGGAGUCUGAUGAGAUUCAGAACAUUCAGUUGGAGAGGGAAAUGGCUCUGGCUGCCAAUCGCAGUCUGGCCGAGCAAAAUCUGGACAUGAAGCCCCGACUCGAAACAGAGAGGGCGCGACUGGUGGGAAAAUAUGCUAAACUAGAGGAAGUGAGGGAGAAAUACAAACAACACUGUGCCAUGAGAGAUCGCAUCAUAGGGCAGGUGUCUCCGGAGGGGCUGUUGUCUCGUCUGCAGAUAGAGGGCACCAACACAGAGGCAGAAUCAGAGGUUUUAGCAGACGAAUUUCUCGAAGGUUCGCAAUCGCUGGACUCCUUCCUCGAACGCUUCCUUUCCCUCCGCUCUCUCGCUCACACGAGACGAGUGUGCAUCGAAAAGCUGCAGGAAAUUCUCAGCCAAAAAAGCAAAGGGAUAGGAGGUGCUACAGUGACAUCACAAACCGGUGCCAAUCAGGAUGCUGGAUCUUCAUCACAGUGGCAACAACCACAGCCUCAACAGCAGCAGAGCUCCAAAAUCAGUGAUCCCUCCAAUGCCGCCACUUCUGCUCUGCCCUACACCCCCUACCCCAUUGCUCCCCCCUCUGCCUCCACAGCGGGAACAACUAACCCUAGCACAGCGUUUCAGCCCUACCCCAGCCAGGGUGCCCCCUUUCCUCCAUCGACAGGCUACACAGCUCCCAGGCCUGCGUUUGGUCCCUCCACUUGCCCAUACCCCACUCAACCACAAUUUCCUGCCCCACCUUUUGGGCAGUUUGGUCCCACGGCUGCCCCGUACCCCAGUCAAUACCCCUAUGGAGGGUACGGCUACCCCACAGGCCCCCAUGGCCCAUCAACCCAAUCACCCACAGCUAGACCGCUUUAUAGGCCCGGUUUUGGGGUACCACAACCGUAUUCCUGAGCCACUCUGUGUGUGUCUGUCUUUCUCUUUCUCUCAUGAUCAACCCUCUCGUCUCUCUCCCACCUUUCUCCACCUGCUCUGCCUUUUCCUUACCCUCAGAUUUGUGGUUUGCAUACCCAUGUCACAUCCUGCUCCUGUCUGAGGCUUAUAAAGACAAUUGAGUACGAGUGUGCACUUGUUUCCUCCAUGAAACCUCAGUCAGAGACUCAAUACGGGCCGCCCAGUUUAAACGGCUCAAUUCCUUUCCAUUUUAAAGUAUGUUAUCAUUUUGCAAAAAAAUAUCGGAUUUAUUAUUAUAAUCAGUGACGAAAUGCCUUUUUCUUUUUUUUUCUUUUUUUUUGAUAUUGUGUUACAGCUCAGCCUUAUUUGGCUGUUUUUUCUUUUUUGGUUGAUCAUUCUGUCAAAAUUUUACUGAGACAAAUACGCCACACUACAUGGAAGCGUAACGUUCGCGUUAGGCUAAUCUCUAAUCCAUAUCAGCACUUGUUGACAACGUCAAACCAGAAAGCACAGCACCAUUUUCCACUCCAUCACAGAUGAAAACUCCUUAAAAAGCGUAUUCUUUUUCAUGAAUAAAUUUAGACAACUUCCACGUGUGCAGAUGUGGGUGCGUUGCGUCCUGUUAUGAAUGCUUAGUGUACCAAUGCACCGACCGAUCACUCCAAACCUUCUCUAAACCUCUUUUGCUCCCUCUUUUUUUCUUUCACACCCUUCCACCGCUUGACAAUGAUUGGAAAGAAUAGACUAUUGCUGUAAGUUCUGUAGUGGGGACAGCGUACUUAAACCGAUAUUAAAGGGAAACUGGAGAACAAGGGAUAUUAAUAUAGACAUAUCUAUCUGCUAUAGCACAGGAUUAGGUGGGGCAGUUGAGGCAUAACAUAGCACAGAACAUAUGCAAAGAAAAUAGGUGCUCUAUAACAUGCUUUACUACAUAUAGCAUUCUUUUGUGGUAAAACUAUGCAGAUGAAUGCCUGGCUGCAUAUUUUACACUGAAUUUAGACACAAUGAGACAUUUGAUGGUCUUGUACAACUUGCAGCCCAGUUUGUUUCAGUGACAUGUCGUCCUCAGAAUCAUAACGUGGGUGGGAUUGGAUCUGGUUAACCAAUAGAAUGCUUCAUUUUGUGGUUUGAUUUGACCUUCAGAUUCUGCCACAUGAAUACUCUCACUAGCCCACAGCUGUAGACCCAUCUUUCGAAACGGCCUGUGUGUGUCAUUAUGUGGUGUCAUGUAGAUCCGUAAAAACGCCCCACCUAUUUGAGGUCUCCUUGUCGGUCAUCCGGAGGACCGUGUGAAUCACACUAGCACUCCACACUAACCGCCCCGAACUCUUUGGCAGCAGGAGCUGGGAGCGGGGCCUUUGAACCGUCAGCUUUAGAAAAGGCGUGUGGGGUCUCUUUAUUUUUGUACUUUCAAGCAAUUCAAAACCAGAGGCGUCCUCAAUCAAGCCUCAGGUGGCUCUAUCUAAUUCAUGAACUCUUUCUAAUUAAGACUCAGGUUUGUAGCAAAGCCCCCACGUUUAGGUUCCCUCCCCAGCACCUGGAGCGAGGGAGAGGGGUAAUACGACACGAGGAUGAGAGGGAAGAAAAUACAUUGAUUUGCAGCAUUAGAGGAAAAUAAAUUCGAUUGCAUUGGUUGGGAUGACUGUAGCCUGUUAAAAAUUUAUUUUUAUUUUUAUUGUACUUUUUUUUUCGGGUGUGAAUAUUAAACACUGAAGUUGAUCUA